AUGGAAGAAGACGAUGUUGACGCUAUUAUCGAGGAAAACGGUGUUGACUACGAAAGCGAUUUCGAGCUUUCCUCAAACCUCCGUGACUUUGCCGCCGCUGCUCAGUCCGGUGACGUCGUCGCCUUGCGCACCGCCAUUGAUAAUCUGAAUGGGCGAGUUGAUGAGCCACUUGAGGAUAAUGACUCGGCACUUCACCUUGCGUGUCUCUAUGGUCACCUUCCUUGUGUUCAGCUUCUCCUGGAGAGAGGUGCUAAUAUGGAGAUCAAAGAUGAAGAUGAAGCCAUUCCUCUGCAUGAUGCUUGUGCUGGAGCAGGAUACUUAGAGAUAGUCGAGCUUCUAUUUAGCCGAGCUACUGGUCCUGAAUAUGUGAAGAGAAUGAUUGAAACUAUUGAUGUAGAAGGUGACACUCCUCUGCAUCAUGCAGCCAGAGGCGAGCAUGUCAAUGUGAUUAAUUUUUUGCUGAGUUCAGGUGCUUCACCAACAAUCAAAAACUCGUAUGGGAAGACACCAAGUGAACUAGCUGAUGUAAACACUGAUGCUAAGAGGAUCCUCGAAGCUGCCACUGGCGACUCACUUAGCUCCUAA